AGCGUGAAGGCGUGGAUCUCAGGUCCCUAGUCACGGGUCUGUACUGGGCGAGUCAAUUAGAUAACACAGUAGGGACAUCCUUCCCUGCAGGCCCCGUCCUAGUGGGAAAUCAUUGAUCUUUGACACUUUACUCCCAGUUCGCCCCCCCCCCCAAAGAAAUGGGAAAUAAGAAAAGAUUUUGCAGCUCGAAAUUAUUCCACUCAAGGUGUCGGAAAACGGAGAUUUGAAUAAUUAAAUGUCAGGCUCCUGGGUAAUAACAAUCACCUUUGACGACGUGACUCUUAAGAGAAAGAUAUGAUAAGGAUUCACACCUCAUUUCAUGGUCAAAUGAAAAAGAAGUAAGUUAUUGCACGCCACUCAUUUAACAACAAUUUAUGGAGCAGCUACAGUGUGCUAGAGCCAGGAUAUUAUUGUGGUUAAGAUGUGGACUCGCGUCAGACUGAGAAUUAUGAAACUUAACCACACCACCUCUUGCUGCUGUGUGGUCUUGGAAUGGCUUUAAGUGUCAUUGUAUGUCCGAAUCUCAUCAGAGGCAACUAUUGCUGGCUUCAGAAAAUCCUCAGCAGUUUAUGGAUUAUUUUUCAGAGGAAUUCAGAAAUGACUUUCUAGAACUUCUCAGGAGACGCUUUGGCACUAAGAGAGUUCACAACAACAUUGUUUAUAAUGAGUAUAUCAGCCACCGAGAGCACAUCCAUAUGAAUGCCACUCAGUGGGAGACUCUGACUGAUUUUACCAAGUGGCUGGGCAGAGAAGGCUUGUGUAAAGUGGAUGAGACACCGAAAGGCUGGUACAUUCAGUAUAUAGACAGGGACCCAGAAACUAUCCGCCGGCAACUGGAACUAGAGAAAAAGAAGAAGCAGGACCUUGAUGAUGAAGAAAAAACUGCCAAAUUUAUUGAAGAGCAAGUGAGAAGAGGGCUGGAAGGAAAAGAGCAGGAAGCUCCUGUUUUUACAGAAUUAAGCAGAGAAAAUGAUGAAGAGAAAGUGACAUUUAAUUUGAAUAAAGGAGCAUGUAGUUCAACAGCAACAUCUUCCAAGUCAAGUUCUUUGGGACCAAGUGCAUUAAAGGUGAUAGAGACUGCCGCAUCAGUGAAACGGAAAGAAUCUUCCCGGAGCUCAGCUCAACCAAAAGAAAAGAAAAAGAAAUCGGCACUUGAUGAAAUCAUGGAGAUAGAAGAGGAGAAGAAAAGAGCUGCCCGGACAGACUACUGGCUGCAGCCGGAAAUUAUUGUGAAAAUUAUAACCAAAAAACUCGGAGAGAAAUAUCAUAAGAAAAAGGGCAUUGUUAAGGAAGUAAUUGACAAAUACACAGCUGUUGUAAAGAUGAUUGAUUCUGGAGACAAGCUGAAACUUGACCAGACUCAUUUAGAAACAGUAAUUCCAGCACCAGGAAAGAGAAUUCUCGUUUUAAAUGGAGGCUACAGAGGAAAUGAAGGUACCUUAGAAUCCAUCAAUGAGAAGACCUUUUCAGCUACUAUAGUCAUUGAAACUUUCAGCAAGUGUGAAUAUUUGGGGGGAAUAAUAGACGCCUUGGAGAGUCUGAUGGAAGUUUUGAACUCUCUCCAAAAAAUUGUACGUAACUGCCAAAUUUUAUGUACUUGUUGUAUUAAGGAACUCAUAGGCCCCUAAACCCACUUGUGGGUUGGUUAGAGAAUAUGUGUCUCAUGAAGGUUUUCUGAAAAUAGCAUCUCUUUAUUUGAGAGGAAUCACAUUUUAAGUAGGUGAAGCAUUUUUUUUCUUGUCCUGGACAAUACUGACCUAGAAACUGUCACUAUGUUAAACUAGAGGGAGAAAGAGAAAGGUAGUAUCAUCUGUCAUUAAGGAAUUUAUCAAGCUGACUGAAUGAACAGAUUGAGGGGUUUUUUUUAAGUCAGUUAAGUUUUUCUCUCUGACUCCAUCAAUAUAUGGUUCUGGAAAAUCUUGUUUUUCUGUGGCUGCUUGAUCCUCCUCCACUUUUUAAUUUCAUAAUACCAUCCAAUUUAGGUUGUGCUUCAUGUUUUCAUCUUAGGGGAAUACAAAACAACUAAUUACUGUUGAGGGUGUUCUAGGUUCCAUCCAGAUAAUCUUUGGUUUACAGUUUGUAUAACUUUUAAGAACUACUUUCUUCUCUCCUGCACCAAAAACCCAUAAUCUCACCUUCCUUUCUCAUGCUUUAGUUGCAUACAGACCUGUCCUGAAAUAAAACCCAUGAGGAAGUCCUCAUAAAAAGCCUUUCUGGUUAAUUGCAAAGCAGUACUUAACUUUUUUGGAAGAGGAAACCCACCUGCUAAUUUUUUUGUUUUUUUAUUUUUCUUUUGUAGCCUGCCUGCCCUCAGAAAAAAAAAAAUCUGUGUUUGCAUGUGUCUGUCUGUGUGUCCAUGUUUUCUCAUGUCACUGCCAUGAAACACAUGAACAUUUCAGAUGAUUCCUGCUAUUUUUACCAUUUCUGCAAUCUUGAAUUUAUUAUCAGUAUAUUUGAAACAUUAUGCUUACAUAUUAUGAUUUUUAAAUAGCUAACAAAGUGUUCAGAAACAACCUCAGUCUUUUAACUACUUACCUAAUUAACCCAAAUAUCUGACUCAUUUUUAGUCCCCAACUUUCUGGUUCUUAUCAUAAAAGUGUAAUUGAUCAUUGACCUUUAAACUU